GACCCCCUGCCUUCCUGACCUUACCACCGCCCCCGCGACUCCCGCUCGCCCGACGCAAGACGACCCUCGCAAACGACCCUCGCAAGCGACCCUCGCAAGCCCUCGCCGACUCCCGCUCGCCCGACCGCAAUGGACGCGGUCAAGUCCGUGCUCGGCGCGCGCGACCACUAUUCCGUCCUCGGCGCUCCGCGGGACGCCGCCGCCGCCGACCUCCGCCAGCGGUUUCUGCGCACGUCUGUACGCGUGCACCCGGACAAAAACGACCAUCCGCAAGCGACCGACGCUUUCCGGCGCGUGGCGGAGGCGUGGGAGGUGCUCGGUGACACGGACAAGCGGCGCCGGUACGACACUGACCUCCGACGCGGAGGAGGAGGGCUGCCUGGCUCUGGCGACUGCCCGAGCAGCAGCGGCCAGCGCGCCGAGAGCAGCAUGAGUGCCGAGGCGGCGUUCGCCGCAUUCGCCGCGGCGGCGACGGCGGCCUUUGCGAGCGGCGGCGCGAGCGGCGAGUUUGCCGAGGUCCUGCUGGCCGCACAAGCCUUGGCCCACUCCCGAGGCGGCGGAGGCGGCGGCGAGGCGCAGAUGAUCGCCGGUAGCGGCUUUGCGCUGUCUGCCGGCCUCGAGACGGCCGCCGCAGCCGCGAACGCCGCUGGCUUCACCGGCGUCGGCACGGCGGCGCAUCGGGCGGGCAGCGCCCUCCGAGUCGCGUCGCAGGUUGCCGCCGUCGGCGCCGCGGUGGCCACCAUCCCCGAGGUGCGGCAGGCGCUCGAGGACACGGGCGAAAAGGUGAGCAGCGCAUGGAGCGCACUGCUCGAAUCGCUCGAGACUUCCUACCUCUCCGCCGCCCACCCGCCGCCGGGCGCGGGCGGAGCCUACCAGGACGUGCGCCUCGAGAGCCUCGACCAUGCGCCCGCACGCGCCAAAGUCCAAGGAACCAUCUCCCGCGUCGAGAAGCUCGCGCAGCACUCGCACGCCGCCGGGCGGUAUGGCUGGGAGGGCGAGGAGGUCUGGGUGGCCGACGGCCUGCGCGGAAUUUUCCGCGUCCACUUCGCGCCGUGAGCGAGUAUGGGCGCUGCCUGGGAA